AUGUUAAAUUAUUUGAAGAAUAGACCAGCCACUGAAACAUUCUAUCAUCAUCAAAAAGACAACUCUCUAUCAACAACAAUACAAGAUCAUCAUCACUUUGAAAUGACAACUUCCACAACUUCUACAACGAGUAACAGUACUCAUUUGAAGAAUAUUUCACCUCCUUCUCCAGCUGCAAUUAGAGUAAUGUGUCAACCAACAUCGACAGUUCAUGAAUCUAAAUCUACCAUCCAUUCUCCAAUCUCUUCCUCCAGUUCCCAACACGAUGAUUCAGACAGCUCUUUCUCUCCUUCUUCCAAUUCAUCCUCUUCCACUCAUGACCAAAGUCACAGACAAUCAAGAAAGAACUCUAUCACAUCCACUUCCUCCAUUUCCAAACCAAACAAGACAAAGAAGAGUAGUAUUAACAAAAAGCAUGCAAAGAUUACUUCCUCCUCCACCCACAAAUCCAAAUAUACACCAGAUUCUAAGAAGAAGUCUAAGAUUAAGAUUCCAGUUUUUGAAUUAAUUCGAGUGAUGGCUUUACCACAAUCUACGGCUGCAAAUUGUCUUGGUGUUUCUUUGAGUACACUGAAAAGAAGAUACUAUGAGCUUGGAAUUGGGCGUUGGCCUGGACAAUGUGGAUCCAUAACCCAAGAUAUUGAUUUGGACGUGCCAACAAGUGAAAAGAGCAAGUUGAGUUACUUGUUAAAUGAUGAAAAUUUGGAUUCCGCAAGAGAUUUGGACCAAGUUACUCUCUCCAUUUUAAAUUUUACAUUCAAACAAACGUUUUGA